AGAUCCAUCUCUCCGUUCUCUUCCUGUGCUCAGAACCGGGUUGAAAGUGUUUAAAAAGAAUCCUUUGUUUUGGUUGUGGUGGACCGUCCAGUUUCAUAUCCUCUAGGUUUAUUUAACCCUGCAGCGAAUUCUUUUACCAUGGCGGCAAGCGCGAAACGAAAGCAAGAAGAGAAACACCUGAAGCUGCUGAGAGAAAUGACCAGUUUGUCUCCUAACAGAAAGUGUUUUGACUGCGACCAGCGCGGCCCGACCUACGCCAACAUGACCGUGGGCUCCUUCGUCUGCACCUCCUGCUCCGGAAUCCUACGAGGUCUCAAUCCACCUCACAGAGUGAAGUCCAUCUCUAUGACAACCUUCACACAACAGGAAAUCGAGUUUCUACAGAAACAUGGAAACGAGGUAUGUAAGCAGAUUUGGCUGGGCCUUUAUGAUGAGAGAACAUCCUCAAUACCAGAGUUUAGAGAACCACAGAAAGUCAAAGAGUUCCUUCAAGAUAAGUACGAGAAAAAGAGAUGGUAUGUACCCCCUGAGCAGGCAAAGGUGGUGGCAUCAGUUCAUGCUUCCAUUUCUGGCUCCUCAAAUAGUAGCACUAGCAGCACACCGGAGGUUAGACCACUAAAAUCCCUGUUGGGGGAGUCGGCCCCCACCCUACACCUCAACAAGACUACACCACCUAAUCAGUCUCCAGUGGUGAGUCGUGGACAACCUCAGCAGCAGCAGUUUCAUGAUAAGAAGUUUGACCUGCUGAGUGACCUUGGGGGAGACAUCUUUGCUGCCCCGCCCAGCGGCAUGAACGCCGGUUUUGCUAAUUUUGCACAUUUUGGCAGCCACACAACAGGACAGAUUCCAAAUGCAAACGCAGACUUUGCUAAUUUUGAUGCAUUUGGGAGCACUCCUGGGCCAACUGGUUUCCAUUCAGCACCCCAAGCCCAGUUUCCACCUUCAAGCACAGCAUUCACUGUGCUCUCAUCCAGUUGCAGUAUGGGUGAGUUUGCCACAAGUCUGCCUCACCAGGGUGCACACAGGGUUGCUGUUGGUGGUACGGGGAGCACGGCUACAACUGCAGCAGGAGUUGGUUUAUCUCAGAACCAGCCAGUAAUGCAGACGGGAGGGGACCGCUAUGCUGCACUGGCUGAACUUGAUAAUGUCUUCAGUUCCUCUGCACCUGCAACGAGUGGUUAUAACACCUCCAGCACAUCACAAGGGAGUGUAUUUGGCAUGGAGGCCGUUGUUUCAUCAGCUCCAACACAGCAGUCUCUGCCGACUGUGACCCACGGUUUUGGAGCUCAACAGACUAACCCCUUUGUUGCUCCUGGUGUUGCCCCAGCAGCUGUACCUACAAACCCCUUCCAGAGCAAUGGGCGACCAACAAAUGUGGCAGCAGCAGCCACAUUUGGUACAGGCUCCAUGAGUAUGCCAGCUGGAUUUGGGAAUACUGCAGCCUACAACUUACCCACCAGCUUUAGUGGAACCUUCCAGCAGCCAUUUCCUGGACAGCCUCAGUUCCCUCCUCCAGCAUAUCCCCAGCAUCCCAAUGGAGGAUUUGCUGCCUUUGGCCAGGCAAAACCUGUUGUAACCCCUUUUGGGCAGACGAUGACUGGCCAUAUGGUCCCUAGCAACCCUUUCUUGGGUGCGGGUCCAUCUGUACAAUACCCUGCAGGAGGCUCUUCAACAAAUCCCUUCUUAUAGCACUCCAUCCUUUCAGAUUCACUACAGGGUCAACCAUUGGCACGCACUUGUACCUAUUGCACUGUUUUGUUUCACAAGUAGCUUUAAAACCACAAACUUUAUAAAAAAUUGUAUUUUCUAUUGCCCAUUGUCGCAGAUGCAACAAUAUAAAAAAUGGUGAUGCUGACGUUGUCAGUUGCAACAAAACAAAGUGAUGGUGUGUGCAGAGGGAGAGGUUGAUCCCCUGUUUAACCUCUGAAAUACCCUGGCCUUGACUGAGCCUCAAUGUGUAAUCAAACUGGCUGAAAACUAAGUUAUUGCAUUCAGUAUAUUCAAUUCAUUAUGCUGCAAAUUGUACAUAUUUUUUUCUUCUUGGAAAUUAGCUCCUUGUGCAUAUCAGUAUUUCUGUCAAAUUCACAAGAUUUGUUAGGACGUGUUCUUUUGUGCGUUCUUUUUUUUUUUUUUUAGCUGAUUGCUGCAGUUGGCUGAUUUGUUUGUUACAAACCAGACUGGCUUGUUUUUUUUUGUUUGUUUUUUUUGUUUUUUGCAUAGGUAAAGUCCGAUCCCCGAAGAACAAAAGCAUAUUCUGUUUACUGACAGAAAUGGUGAGCGCUACACAUCAGGGAUGAGAUGUUUGGCAGACGAUUUACUUUUCUGCCCCGUUGACAUAAAUCCAAGCAUCAUCCACAUUCAUAUCCAAUAUGGCUCACAAACUGAAAACCACUUACAUUGGGUAUUAUUGACAUUAAUUUAAUGUGUAAAUAUAUACAGUAUAUAUAUUAAAACAAAUUUUAAGUCAAAAUAAAUGAUAAAAUCAUUCAUU